CCCCAGCCUCGCCUUCUGCCGGAGACGCAGCCAUGAAUGCGAAUCACGGUGCAAAGCCAAAGAGGGUGCUUUGGACACCACACAAAUCCGGUCCAUAUGCAAACAAGUUCCUCGUCGGGGGCCAGGAUCUCUGUCUCUACCAAUGGAAUCCAGAGGACGUUUCCGGUGCCCCUCCAAAGUAUCUGGCCAAGUAUGUGCCGGACAAGUCGGCGUCGGAUAAAUCCGUACGGUGCUUCGACUGGUCGCCGCAUCAGGAGUACGAGAACAUCAUCGCGGUCGGCACAUCUACAGGCUCGGUCGUUCUCGCCAAGAUUGCUGGGCAUCUGGAGAGACAAAUCGUCGGCCAUGGCAGCGGCCCCUCCUACAAGACUCCGGAAGGUGGCCGGAGCCGACCCGUUUCUCCGUCCGGCUCGGCUGGCUUUGUGAAUGUGCGGGAUUUCGCAUCCCAGAAGGGCCCCUGUCGUCUGGUUGCCUUCAACCCCAACGAUAAAGCCACUCUGCUUGCUGGCUUCGAGAAAACUCGAGGCGAGCCAUCGUUGGUCAUCUACGAUCUUGAGCACGGACGAGACAAGGGUAGGGCAGAGUACGAGAUGGCCCAAAGCGACCUGGCAUCAACAACAAGCAAUAUCGCCGAUACCGAGAGAUCCUCAGAGUACACGACUUCCCGCUUGGAUGGCUUUCCGAGAAUCCGAGCCGACUAUGCGAGCAAGGCCGUUGCCAUGGAGUCUCCGACAUCAGCCGCUUGGCUCUACGGCAGCAAGUCCAAAAUCAUCGCGGGUUAUCUGCGAUGGAUCCGGGCGUUUGAUACCAACCAGCCUGGAGCGAACUCGCAGGCAACCCAGAUCAUGACGAUCUCCACCAAGGCUGUUUAUGGCCUCGCCGCAGAUCCGUUUCGAGUCGAGCGCUUUUCCUCAUAUGGCGAAGACGGCAUCGUUCAGAUCUGGGACAUGCGCAAGUCCAGUGAUCCGCUACUGUCAAUCAAAACGGAUCUCAAAGGCGGGGCCUUGCAUGUGUCGUGGCUUCAUUCGCGCUCGGGCCUCCUUGCGGUCGCUGGAAAGGACUCGGGGAGCAUAAAAGUCUGGGAUAUCCAGGAAGGUAUCGAAAAGGACGCCAACACCACGCCAAGCAUGAGGGCCAUUCAGGCCGGAAACGGCCCAAGGGACGACGAUGCAAGCCAGAGCCUUUAUCAGUUGGAUUACGGCGGAUCUCGGCAAGGCAUCGAGGAGCUCAAGUCCGACGACAUAGCAGACUAUGACUACAUUCCUGUGAUCUGGAGAACAAGACAAGUUAAAGCAAAAGGGCCGAUUCUUGGAUUGACAUGGGUGGAUGCCGGCCGAAGCAGCGAGGGCAAAAACAACUUGAUCGUGAUGACGACAGAAACCAGCCAGCCCGAGGCCCUUGCAGUUCCCGAUCUGUUCAAGAUCGCAUGGUCGCCCGACAACAACCUGGCGCUGUCGAGGGGCACCAUGGUGACGAUCCAUAACUACGCGGACAGCGAAAGAAUCCGCCCGACUGAGGAUAUUUCGGUCACGAUGCGGAAGCGGGCUCUCAAGGGCUAUUCAAUGGAGAAAAACGAAAGCAUCGUCGACAAUGAGCUGAAGGACAUGUGGAGCUGGGUUUCAGGAAUGAAGCGUGCCGCUGCCUCGAAUGUCGUCCGAGCCAAACAACGCAGCUACUCGUUUCUUGGUGUCCAGUCUGUCGUCGAAGACAUCAAAGCUGAGAGCCCGGACGCUGCCCUGCUUUCCAGAUCGCGCACUUCGUCGCCGACGCGAUCGGGCUCAGAGACCCAAGCGCCGCUGCCCGGGCAGUCAAUCCGUCUCUCGGAGCUGCGGCUUCUUGCAUUGUCCAUCUCAAGCCUCGAGUCGACACCGUCGCAUCAGAUUCCGCCGUUCGAUACACAAGAGCUCCAGAGUCGCUUGGAAAGUCUCGAGGCGAAUAAGGAGUAUGAAAAGGCGGCUGGCUUGGCGUUCUUCUACGGAUCGGGCGUCCACCGAGCUGUACAGGCUCUCGACAAAAGCUCAGAGGAACGACUCAAGUUUGCUGCUGCAACGCUGUCAAGCUACAGUAGCAUGCCUCACCAAGGUCUGAUGUGGCAGACCAUCUGCACAACGCUAAGCAAGGAUCUGCAGAACCCAUAUCUGAAGGCCAUCUUUGCCUUCAUCACAUAUGGCAAAUGGGAGUAUGUGAUUGGGCCAGACUGCAAGCUGUCCUUGCGCGAUCGACUGGGCAUUGCCCUCCGAUACUUGACCGAUGCCGAGUUGUUUACGUACAUCGAACGGGAGACCCAGGCAGCGAUCGUCAACGGGGCGCUCGAAGGGCUCAUGCUGACAGGCCUGACCAACAAAAGCAUUGAUUUGUUCGAGAGCUACAUCAACAAGACCGGCGAUAUCCAAACGGCGGCGCUGGUACUGGCGCAUCUUCCUCAGCAACAGCCCGCUGACGAGCGCGUUGCAGUAUGGAUCGAGACAUACCGAUUGUUGCUGGAUCGAUGGGAGCUCUACACGCCACGAGCCCAUUUUGAUAUCGAUCGAAAUGCAUGGCGCCGAGCGGCCGACGCCAGCCUCAGUGAAAACUCGGACUCGGGCCUUCCCCAAGUCUUCAUUCGCUGUGGAUACUGCGGAGUGUCGAUUGCGAGAAACAAUCAUCCACCCCAGAGACGAGGCGAGAUGGGCUUUGUCCCCAGCAUUAUCAUGGGCCAUCAGAAGCCCAAGGUUACCAUCUGCGCAAGCUGCCGAAACUUCCUUCCUCGGUGUGCGCUCUGCCACAUGCACCUCGGUACCGCCGGUGACAGCCACGCUGGCAGCGGUCCGAUUGCCCUGGGCGGCAGCGCCGGAAUCGUUGACAGCAAAUACUCGGACCCGUCUCGAUUGUCGACUUGGUUUACAUGGUGCCAGAGCUGCCGGCAUGGAGGGCAUCUUGGGCACAUGUCCGACUGGUUCUCCAAGCACACAGAGUGUCCCAUCUCGGACUGCAAAUGCCAGUGCAAAAACCUUCAAUUGUAGAGACGCAACUGCAACGUCGCCUGCAUGAUGUAGCAAUAGAUGUGGAUGGCUAGGGUCUCAGGAGAGGAUGUGUCG